ACACACCUCUCCCAGCUAACUAUAAUAUCUUAUCCUCCUCAUUCCAAUGGAUUCAUCCGAAAUUGCAGUUGAACGCUCUAGUUUUCCCAAUAAUUUUGUCUUUGGUGCUGCAACAUCAACAUAUCAGGUUGAAGGAGCUCUGAAUGCAGAUGGUGAAGAUAGCAAUGCAGAUGGUAGAAAUGGACGCAUUUCUCUUGAUCGCUAUAAUAUGUUCAAGGAAGAUGUGGCUUUGACGAAGAAAGUUGGUUUGAAUUCUUAUAGAUUUUCAAUCUCAUGGUCCAGAAUCUUACCAAGAGGCAAACUAAUCGAUGGGAAAGGGAAAAGUACAGAAGGAAUCAAAUACUAUAGCGAUCUCAUAGAUGCACUUUUGGCACAAGGCAUUGAGCCUUGGGUAACACUCUUCCACUGGGAUGUUCCUCAAAGUUUGGAAGAUGAAUAUCGUGGCUUCUUAGAUCGUCAAAUUGUGAAACAUUUUUGUGAGUUUGCUAAGAUUUGCUUUGAGGAAUUUGGUAAUCGAGUGAAAUAUUGGAUCACACUGAAUGAGCCAUGGGCCUUCACUUAUUAUAAAUAUGUGAGGGGCAAUUUCCCCCCUGGAGCAAUUUCCAUCCUUCAUCGCAUAUGUGCAAUGUCUAUUCCUCACGUUACUUCUUCAGAAGGAGAUCCGGUCAGAGAAGUUGAUUCCUCUGUAGGAGAGCCGGUCAGAGAACUUGUUGCUACUGCACAAAAUUUGGCUCACAAUACUUCCUCAAAUGGAAAGCCAGGCACUGAUCCAUAUACUGUGGCACACAAUUUGAUCCUUGCUCAUGCACGUGCGGUUGAGAUAUACAGGAAAUAUUAUCAGGAUCGCCGACAAGGCAAAAUAGGGAUGACAAAUGUUUCACCGUGGUUUUAUCCACUUGAGGACAACAACCAGGAUGACGAGGAGGCUGCUUCGAGGGCACUUGAUUUUAUGUUAGGAUGGUUUUUAGCCCCUGUAACAACUGGUGAAUAUCCACCGUCCAUGAGAAAUAAUAUAAGAGGAGAUCGUCUUCCCGAAUUUACAGAGGACGAGAUAAAGCUAGUGAAAGGAUCCUAUGACUUUUUAGGCAUAAAUUAUUACACGACUUAUUAUGUCAAAAAUAUAAGAGGAAAUAUUUCACAACACCAUUAUGACAAUGAUCUGCAUGUUGAAUAUCACACUCAUCGUAACGGGAAGCCGAUUGGUCAGCCGGCUGGUUGGCCAUGGCUGUACGUAUAUCCAGAGGGAAUUUACCAUCUCAUGCUUUAUAUAAGGAAAAAAUAUAGGAAUCCCAAUAUUAUCAUUACAGAAAACGGGCUGGAUGACGUCAACAGUAAAGCCCUAACAAUUUCAAAGGCUCGUAUUGAUGAAACUAGGAUUAAGUAUCACAAGGACCAUCUUGCAUACCUUAAAAAGGCAAUAGAUCAGGAUGUACGUGUGAAGGGUUACUUCAUAUGGUCAUUGAUUGAUAAUUUUGAAUGGGCCCAAGAGUACAAUGUUAGAUUUGGCAUUUUUUAUGUUGACUUCCAGAACGGACGUUUGACUAAAUUCCCUAAAAGAUCAGCUAUGUGGUGGAUGAAUUUCUUGAAACAGCCUAAGAAGGUAACAGGAUGUCAAAACUAAAGAAGAACGACAUGGUACUAUGGAAAGGUCAAGAUGCGAGGGUGUUAAAACUUAACAAUUACUGCUUCCUUUGAUUUAUUUAGAAAAGUUAUGUUGAAUAAUGCAAGCAUGGAUGCAUGCUAGACAUUCCUUUAGCUUUGUCACUAAUUCUCUUGGUGGAUGAGACAUAAAUAAAUGUUAUAAUUAGAGUUAUUAUGUUGAAAUAAUUGGAACCCUUCGAGGCUUCAAGUGUAAUUCUUGUGCUUUCAUAUGUGCAAUAAUAGAUUUGAGGCCUACUUGCGUCA